AUGUCCGAAACUGUUACAACUACCACUGUUCCUGUUACUGAUACUCCGCAUGAAACUGAAGCUGUUUCAGUUGAGGUUGCUACUGCCAGUAGUAACGACACUACUGUUGCCACUGCUAAUGAUGAUGUAGAAUCUUCCAGUGUUGAUUCUGAAGGAGAAAAGCCGAAGUUAGUGUUGGCACCUUUGCCAAAAAAGUCUCCUUGGGAAGAGACCGGUGUCACUGAAUAUAAGCCUUUAGAUUUGUCAAAGGUUGUUGCGGCUAAAAAUAAGAAAGUCUCCAGUUCUAGCAAGUCUCGUAGUAAAGGUACUCCGUCUUUGACCGGUAAGGAAAGAUGGGUUCCAUUAGAUGUGGAUAUCACUGUUAAAGACAAAAUUCCUGAUGUCAGUAAUGCUAAUGGCGGUAAGGGUAAAAAACUGAAAAAUAAGACCAAGAAGGAUAAGCCAAAGGUUGCCAAAAAGACCAAGGGUAAAGACUCUACCGCGAAGCCCAAAAAGGACUCUGAAGGCGAAAAGAAAGCAACAAAGAAGCAGGAUCGCCAGACAAACAAGACAUCGAGCUCGAAUGGCACCAACGAAAAGAUUUCUGUCAAUGGAACUACUCCUGCUUCUGCCUCGGGUUCUUCUGAUAUCACUAAAAACGGAUAUACUGAAGAGUCUAACCAAGCGGACAAGAGACCAGAAACGGCAUCCAGUUCAAACUCUGAAGCUUCUUCCGAAAACGGUAUAUCUGCUCCACCAUCUGCUGAAACUGAUGGUAAGAAAGUUGAAAGCCAGCAACGCCGCUUUACUCCUAACUCUAAGCCAUUUUACCCAAGAAACGCAAAUCACCACAACAACCAUGGUCAUGGGUACCACCACCAGCAUAACAAAAAUAACCAUAAUAAUGAGAAUCAUUACCAUGGUUCAAAGUAUCAACGUCAACGUUCGUACGCUCCUGUAAUGUACCAACAGAAUUAUACCCCAUCGUACGUCUUGGUUAAUGAGAUUGUCCGUCAAAUCCAAUAUUAUUUCAGCAUACAGAACUUGAGCAAAGAUAUGUUCUUAAAAUCGCAAAUGAAUGCUCAAGGUUACGUUCCAUUGGCAUUGAUCUCAAGAUUCCAUCGUAUGCUAAACUUAUCUUACGGCGAUGUCGGAUUGAUUCUAGCUGCAUUACGAGAAUUGAAAAACUCUGAAAACUCCAAUGUCAACAUUGCUAAAUUGACUGAACCUUUCGAAAAUGUCGUUGGGAAUCCUUUGUUCCAGUAUGCAUUAAGUUCUAAAGUUUGGACUGCUGACGAAUCCAUUUCUGAACCAAAAUCUUACGACACCGUUGAAUUCGUCAGCGAUGAAUUAGAGCUAUUUAAAAUUGAACCAAUCAACCCAAUAAUAGAUUCAUUACCAUCCUUCAAACCAAACUCAUCUACUGAAAAACACGAGCAAAACCAAGAUCAAGAUCAACAAGAAUCUUCAGAAAAUCAAGAAAAUCAAAACCAAGAAGUCUCUGUACAAUAG